AUGACGCAUUCGUUGAGCUCGAGCUACCAAUUGUAUUAUUUGACGACCAAUCUAUUUGGUAGGGAGACGAAAUAUGGCUUGACCACAGACGAUGACGUGGAAGCCUUGUUGGCAACUGCCGACUAUCCCAUGGUGUACGUUGAGCACUACAACGGUCCAAUUGAAGAAGCCUACAUCCCUACUUUUGAUUUUGCUCAGCCUUCGGUGCGGACAGAUGAGGAACCUGAGCACGAAGUUGAAGCCUCGGUUGCAGCAGGAGACGAUGAUUAUUCUGAGGAAGAUGACGAAGAUUUUGACCCUGCGCUCCAGGUGGGCACUGCUUCUGAUGCCUCUGAGGAUUUAUUAGACGACGAUCUAAUCGAUUUCACGGAGAUCGAGCGAGCAGGUUGGAUCCGACAAAGUACAACACGUGACAGAAAUUCGACAGUCGAAACCGGUGAUCUAACUAAUUGGUUAGUUCCCUUGAUUCCAGUGGACGCCUCGGCUUCGCUGGUUGCUCGCGAGAGUGACCAUUCUAGAGUUGAUGAUCUGCAGAAGAAUUCUUUUUACAACAGCAAAGACGACCUGAUCAUUGCUGUUGGUUUGUGGAACAUGAAGCGAGGCACUGAGACGAAAGUUGUCCGCUCAGAUCCGGGACGGGUCUAUUUCACGUGCAAGCACUCUGACAAGUGCAAUUUCGAUCUUCGUGCGUCUAGUCACGGCGGAGGGAUGUGGAGAGUGCAUAAGUUGAAAGAGCAUUCAUGCGAAGGGGACUUGCGCACAGCUAAAAAAAUCAAGGCAUACUCGAAGGUGAUUGCAGCGUAUGUGGCAAACAGAAUAUGCUAUGAUGGAGAGGUCAUUAAGCCGAAAUCCAUCAUGGCGGAGUUGGUACGCGAUUUCGGCAUCAAAAUCAAAUAUGAUGUCGUGCUGCGUGCAAGAAAUCUCAGGAUGGAGAUGAUAUACGGUCGAGUUGAUGAUUCGUUCCUCCUGCUCCCAAGAUAUCUGUAUGCCCUGAGGGAAGCGAAUCCUGGCACCUUGAUUGGUUUGGAAGUAGACAUAGACUGCCGGUUCAAAUAUUUGUUUGUUGCUCUUGCGGCUUUCAUCUCACCUUUCUACUUUCACCUUCGAUCAGUGAUUGUGGUUGAUGGCACACACCUGAAGGGAAAAAAUAGUGGCAUUUUGUUUUUCGCUGUGGCAAAAGACGGAAACGAUGCAAUUUUUCCCUUGGCGAUUGGUGUCGGUCCGAUCGAGAAUGAUGAGUCGUGGAAGUGGUUCAUGUCACAUCUGAGACAAGCUUGCGACGAGCCCGAGAACUUACUUGUUGUAUCUGAUGCGCAUAUCAAGGGUUACGGGCCCGGUGUUGCUGAGCUUUUCCGCCAAGCUGCAUACGCCUACGAGCAAUCAGAUUACACACGUGCAAUGUCAGCCAUGGCUGCUCUGAAGCCAAAGGCGUACGAGAAGUUGUUGCGCGUAGGACCGGAGAAGUGGGCACGAUCACAAUGUCCUGUUUCCCGUUACAGUUUCCUUACAUCCAAUGCGGCCGAGAGUUUUAAUGCACGUUUGUUGUGGGCCAGGAGUCUUCCCAUCUGCUGUAUGUUGGAGGCAAUCAGAUUAGUUAUCGAGCAGUGGUUCAACGAUAGGCUUGCGGCCGCACAAGAGAGCGAUGAACAUCUGACUCCGGAGGCAAACCAGAAGCUCAGUGCAGAACUUGUAAAAAGUCAUCGUUACACAGCCAAGAGGACCGCCGAGAGAAAGUACAGGAUUCGUGCUAGUGGUCACCAGUAUAUGGUUGACCUUUAA